CAUGCGCAGCAGGUCUGUUUUCAAACGUGAGGAAGCGUUAACAGCGGUAGAAAGUAGCCGAGCUCUCUGUUUGUCUUUGUCAAGCUUAUUUUUUUUUAACACAGAUGGAUUUAGACAGUGGAACAUACGAGCCAGGGUUUGUUGGAAUACGCUUUUGUCAAGAAUGUAACAAUAUGUUGUACCCCAAAGAAGACAAGGAGAACCGUGUUCUGCUUUAUGCGUGCAGAAAUUGUGACUACCAACAGGAGGCAGAUAACAGCUGCAUUUACGUCAACAAGAUCACUCAUGAAGUUGAUGAACUAACACAGAUCAUCGCUGAUGUGUCUCAAGAUCCAACACUACCAAGGACAGAGGACCACCCCUGCCCCAAAUGUGGUCACAAGGAAGCGGUGUUCUUCCAGUCUCACAGUAUGAAGGCUGAGGACGCUAUGAGACUGUACUACGUCUGCACAGCUCCUCACUGUGGACACCGGUGGACUGAGUAAAGCUGGAGAUGAAGAGGCCUAUCAUUUUUAUCCACAAGCACAUCUGAUACAUCAGUCAGGAACCUGUAUGUCUGGUUACUUAGUGUGUAGUAACCAGUAUGUCAUCAUUACUGGACAGAGCUGCUGAUGUUUGUAGUCUUGAAAUGAUCUGUAUGAGCAUUGCUUGUCAGGCACUGUUGUGAAUAUGUAAUAAUAGUUUUGUUAUAAAACAACCUAUGGUUUGUGUGUAAUUUACUGUUUGAAGUAGGUAUCCAUAAAAUAUUUAGUGUUUCCUUUCUUCUGCAGUGGGAGCAGACAGGUAGCUGCUUCUUAAUCAUGCUCUUUAUUUACAGUUUUCCCUCAAUUUUUUGUGCAGUAUAUAUGUGUGUUGCUUACAAAAAUAUGCAUUUGUCCUUUUACGUAGAAUGUUGCUAAUCUAAAAUGACAACCUAGGAAGCAUUUAGUAUUUUAUGACUACAUUACACAGUUAGUUGCUAUAGGUUUUUAAUAGUUGACAUUUUCCAAUGUGUUGAGUUGAAUUAAAAUCAUCAGUUGGUAA